AUGACAGCCAGCGACGCCCCUUCUGCCAGCCGCAGCGGCGGCCACGCCCGCCUGGUGCAGACCGCGGCGUCGCCCCGGGGCGACGGCAGCUUUGCUGUUGGGAGCACCGACCUGGAGCAGGUGGCUGAGCAGGCGGUGGUGGAUGCCGUCGCCCAGACGGCGGGCGACCGGGCGACCAGCAGCAGCGCGGCGGCAGGCAGCCGGGAGGUGGACCCGAUCAAGGAGGGCAGCCGCAAGUACCGACGCACGGUGUACGACUUCGAAAACUGGCGGCAGCACCGCAGCACGAAACGAUACAUGCGGCACGCCAAGGGCCUGCUCGGGUCUCGCAUCUUCCGCGGACUGGCCUCCCCGCUGCUGUACAUACUGGCCGUCAGCGCCUCGGUGGCGGUCUGGAACACGCUGGUGGAGACGGGGCUGGCGCCAGACGUGCUGCCGGAGCUGCACAUGAGCAACAACGGGCCCUUCGGCCUCACCUCCUUCGCCCUCUCCCUGCUGCUGGUGACCAAUGCCAGCUAUGCGCGCUGGCUGGAUGCCCGCAAGGCCUGGGGCAUGCUGGUGAACAGGAGCCGCGACAUCACUAGGCAGGCACUGACGUGCUUCCCUGCCGCGGACCGACCCCUGCUGGACAUGCUGUGCCGCUGGACCGCCGCUUACAGCCGCGCCCUGAUGUGCCACGUGCGGGAGGAUUCAGACCUGGAGGCAGAGCUUCGCAAGGUGCUGCCGGCGCAUGAGGUGGAGGCUGUUGUGCUAGCCAAGCACCGCCCCAACUACUGCCUGCAGGUGAUGUCUGAGAUCGUGCACAGCGCUCACCUGUCUGCCCUCCCGCUCCCGGUUGCGCGCGGCGCCGUGGUGGCGUCGGGCGCCCCUGCGUUGGCUGCGGCGGGGUGGGAGGGGACGCGGUACCGCAUGGACGAGAACCUGACGGCCAUGGAGGACAUCCUUGGCGCCUGCGAGCGCAUCCUGCGGGCCCCCAUCCCGCUGAGCUACACACGCCACACCUCCCGCUUCAUGAUGAUCUGGCUCACCCUGCUGCCCUUCUCUCUGUGGGACAACUGCGGCUGGGCCUCGGUGCCGCUGUGCGGCAUCAUCGCCUUCCUGCUGCUGGGCAUCGAGGAGAUUGGUGUGUCUAUUGAGGAGCCCUUCAGCAUCCUGCCCCUGGAGGUCAUCUGCGACAUCAUUGAGGCAAAUGUGCGGGAGCUGAGGAGCAUCCAUGCCGGCAGCCACGCCGAGGACGGCAGCCAGCCGCGGCGGGCCCCCGCGGCCCGGGACCUGGUUGGGCGGGCGGUGGCCGAGGCGGAGCAGGAGGAGGCGGCAGCAGCGGCUGGGACGGUGGCGGCGGCAGCCGGGGCGUAG